UGAAAAAUAGUAUUUCCAGGGAUGCGUAAAUACUAUUGGUCCUCUUCUCCGUCUCGCCUCCGGACGAAUCAAUGUCCGCCGCCGCUCCCGUUGCGUCCGCUCCGGCGUGUCCCUUUCUCAUUCCGACACAACUCGGCCGCCGCGCGCCUAUUGGAUUGCAGGCUCCGGGCCAAACCCACCGUGUCCACCGGCUACGGGUGCAGCACUCUGCCCUCCCCUGCCGCCUACUCCGCCUUCACCGCCCUAAUUCCCGCAUCUUCCUUCUUUCCUGCGCCGCGGGUGAUGCUGCUGCCUCCGAGUCACUUCCUGGUUCUUCCUCGCCUCAGGUAUUACUGAGAAAUCGUCACAGUUACAUCAUCAAUCCUCAAAACUUCUCCCCCAACGUGCUCUGCUUUCAUCUCUGGUGCACCACUCUCAGCUUUAUCCUACUCACAACACUUUCGGUCUUCAUCUUCAUUGAAGUGAUUCACAACCUCCAUCCCGACCAUUUACAGAGUCUACAUCUCUAAGAAAGGGGAAAGUCUGCUUGCAACAAAGAGGAAAUGUGCAGAUACUUCUUGAAAACUAUUGAAUCCUGUAUUCUGCAAGAUAAAUUUUCUAUAAAGAUGCCCUUAACUAGGAAAUGUUUUAUAUAAUUCCUAUCUCUAUAUUGUUAACAAGCAAGCUACAUCAGUAUGGGGAUUGUAGGUGGUGAAAUGUUUGGUUAUGGAGAGAUAGGAUUAUUAAUAUCGGAGAGCAAUUUGGUGUUCAGUAUAUUAAGAUGAUAUCAACAUAUAAGAUCACCAAAUUCCAUAGUUAGAUAUGCAAAGUAAUUAAAGAUGUGAAGGGAAGAGGCAUGCCAAAAACCUAAUUUAUACAUAUCUGAGUAAUGUCAACAAUAGUGUUGCAUGCAAAUGGACUUUGUUGUUUGUGUUCAAUGCGCUAGUUCAGCAUAUAGAACCAAUAUGAGGUUUCAUAAAUCCUUUCAUGUUUGAUUGGCAACUGAACUACUGCAAUUCUCAUCAUUCUGUUUUCUUUGUUACCACUACUGACAUAUUUCCUCAAGGAAAUAAAACUUCCUAGGAGAAAUUUGCUGGUCGAAUUCACAUGUGACUCAUGCGGUGAAAGAACCAGGAGGCUCAUCAAUAGA